AUGGUUGCCGCUACUUCAAGCCUCGAGCGUGAGGACCACGCCCGCGAUGCCGCCUUCAACAAGGCUCUGCACGGCAAGUCUGCCCAGGCUCGCGGUGGUAUUGCUGCCAUGUUCUCCAAGGGCGGCGAUGCCAAGAAGGCUGCUGUUGACGAGUAUUUCAAACACUGGGACAACAAGCCUGCCGAGAACGAGACUGCAGAGGAGCGUGCUGCUCGUACUGCCGAGUACGCCACUUUGACGAGACACUACUACAAUCUUGCCACUGAUUUGUACGAAUAUGGCUGGGGCCAGUCCUUCCACUUCUGCCGCUUCUCCCACGGAGAGCCGUUCUACCAGGCCAUCGCCCGUCACGAGCACUACCUCGCCCACAGCAUGGGAAUCAAGGAGGGAAUGAAGGUCCUCGAUGUUGGCUGCGGCGUCGGUGGCCCCGCCCGCGAGAUUGCCAAGUUCACCGGUGCUCACAUCACUGGCUUGAACAACAACGAUUACCAGAUUGACCGAGCCACUCACUACGCACACAAGGAGGGUCUGUCCAAGCAGCUGUCCUUUGUCAAGGGCGACUUCAUGCAAAUGUCCUUCGAUGAGAACACCUUUGACGCUGUCUAUGCCAUUGAGGCUACCGUCCAUGCGCCCACCCUCGAGGGUAUCUACAGCCAGAUCUUCCGCGUCCUGAAGCCGGGCGGUGUCUUUGGUGUGUAUGAGUGGCUCAUGACCGACGAGUACGACAACGACAAUAUGCGCCACCGCGAGAUCCGACUGGGUAUCGAGCAAGGUGACGGCAUCUCCAACAUGUGCAAAGUUAGCGAGGGCCUCGACGCCAUGAAGGCAGCCGGUUUCGAGCUCUUGCGUGCUGAGGAUCUUGCCGACCGCCCUGAUCCCCUCCCCUGGUACUGGCCUCUGUCUGGUGAGCUCCGCUACAUCCAGUCCAUGGGUGACAUCUUCACCAUUGUCCGCAUGACCACAUGGGGCCGCACCAUCGCCCACAACCUGGCUGGUCUUUUGGAGACUCUGCGUCUGGCUCCUGCCGGUACCAAGAAGACUGCUGACAGUCUGGCUCUUGCCGCCGACUGCCUGGUUGCUGGUGGUCGUGAGAAGCUCUUCACCCCCAUGUACCUCAUGGUGGGACGCAAGCCUGCUCAGUAA